AUGUCGAAACGCCACCUCUUCCAGUCUUCGGACGGGCUCGUUACCAAGGCGAUUAGAGGCAUCAUCUCUUACAAUCCUUUACUCAGUCUGGACGAGGCCAACCGAGUGGUAUUCGAUACAGCUUAUAACAAGUCCAACGUGUCGAUAAUCAGCGGAGGAGGUUCUGGUCAUGAACCUGCCUGGUGCGGAUAUGUCGGCGAAAAUUUGCUUGCCGCCUCGGUGGCUGGCGACGUCUUUGCUUCUCCCAGCACAAAGCAGAUAGUUUCUGCCAUCGACAGAGUACCUUCGGAUAAAGGAACCAUCCUAGUUGUCACCAACUAUACCGGCGACUGUCUGCACUUUGGGUUGGCCAACGAGAAAGCCAUCGCGAAGGGUCACAAGUGCAGGAUGAUCAUCUGUGGAGACGACGUGUCCGUCGGGAGAAAAGGCAGCCUGGUCGGCCGCCGCGGUCUAGCUGGAGAACUCGGGGUCCUCAAGAUUCUGGGAGGUGCUGCAGGCGCCGGUGGCUCUCUUGAUCAGGUGUAUGACCUUGGCGUCGCAUUCUCACAGCAGAUCGUCUCCAUUGCAGCCACGCUCGAUCACUGUCAUGUCCCGGGCCGGACAGAACAUGCUACUCUAGGAAGCGAUGAGGUGGAAAUCGGGACUGGCCCUCACAACGAGCCUGGUUACAAGAAGUUGUCUCCCGUGCCGUCGGUACAGGACCUCGUCAAGCAGUUGUUAACUUACCUCCUGGAUGAGACGGACCCCGAACGGGGUUAUGUGAAAUUCAAGGCCGGUGAUGAGGCCAUACUCCUUGUCAGCAAUUUUGGAGGCGUGUCGCAUCUUGAAAUGGGUGCGUUGGUGGACGAGCUCCUCGAGCAGCUAGCGGCGCAGUGGAAGCUCGAACCGGUGCGUAUAAGUAACGGGUUCCUAGAAACAUCUCUUAACGCGCCGGCAUUUUCGGUAUCGAUCGUCAACGCAACAGCUGCGGCUGCGAACUGCUCAUAUUCGGUCGAGGAGAUCAAGUCCUUCUUCGACGCCAGGACCAACACUUGUUGGGAAUCUCUCACGGGCUCUCAAUCUGUACGACGCCCUCGACAGGAGCAAUUCGUACAACCACCUCCGGAACCUAAAAAGGUGAUCGAGGAAGCCAAGGAUCUCAAAAUUGAUCCCGUUUCCCUAGAAAAGAUGCUGCGUGGCGCGUGCGAACAGCUAAUUGCCGCGGAGCCUGACUUGACCAAGUGGGACACGAUCAUGGGCGACGGAGAUUGUGGCGAGACGCUUAAGACGGGCGCCAGCUGUCUUAUCGCCGCGUUGGACUCGAAGAAACUCGCCGUUCAAGGUUCCAUAAUCGCUGUCCUUCAAGAGCUCGAGGAAAUUGUCGAGGGCAAGAUGGGAGGCACGCUAGGUGGCAUCCUGGGCAUCUUCUUCGUCUCGAUGCGUAACGCUCUCGAAGAGAACAUUGCGAUUGCCAAAAGCGAGGGGCUUCCCAAACUAUGGGCUAAGGCCGUCCAGAAAGCCUUGGACAAUUUAACAAGAUACACACCAGCUAAGGUUGGUGACCGGACCGUGAUGGACACGUUGAUCCCAUUCGCAGAGGGCCUUCGUUCGGGAGAGUUUGCGGAUGGUCUCGAAGCAGCAAUCAAAGGAGCUGAACUUACAAAGACGUUGAAGCCGAGACUCGGCAGGGCCACUUACAUUGGUGCUGAUAGCAGCAAGGCUUUACCUCCUGACCCCGGUGCUUGGGGCGCCAUGGUGGCUAUAAAAGGCUUGCAGUCAGGUAUAUAA